UGCAACGCCACACGAAAAGAACGUUACCAUUUACUGGUAACCCCUGCUCUAAUGAAAUGACAUGAUAUGUUUCGAAAUCCUCGAGAAAAUCCUCGAGGAACUGUGAAACAAUUGCCGGCCGUGGGAAGACCACCGACUCCCGAAAGUUCAAUUCCUCCGCCGCCCUUUACCUCGUCUUCAGGAUCCUCGCCGUCCAAUGCCCGGCCUUCGACGGCCUUCCGGCGCAGCUCCGCAGCAGAGAAGGCUUUAGGCUCGAGCGGAUCUCCUAAAAAUAUGCCGCCGGCAAGAAGCAGCUCGUCGUUCUCCAGUCCUGCGCGGGCCAAAAAGAGCCCUGCGGUCAACAAUGCCACAAAAGCCAAAGCCAAGCCAAAUCAGAGCAUCCUCUCAUUUUUCAAAAAGGUUGAUCCGCCGCCUCAGAAGCAAAGCUCAAGCCCCGGCCAGAGUUUUGCAGAUGAUGACGGAGACGGUCUCUUUGUAGGGACAUCCAUUGGGACACCGCCGGAUGUGUCAUUACGCUCCAAGUCGGCGACACCGGACGUGAAGUUUGAAGAUGCAUCGGGCUCACCUUUGGAAGAGCAGUCAAGCUACUUUGCCAAUGGCAAUGGUGUAUUGACACCAUCGGAAAACGGUCCAUCAACGGAAGGGAAAGCUAGAGGAGAAGAUAAUAAUGCACGAUACAAUGAGAAUUCAGCUCCUGUUAAGAGACGGAGACUGGGCGGGAAAUUUUCUCUUGCGGGCAGUGAAAACGGGCAAAAUGCCGGCGAAUCAGAGAAUGAGGAGCGGCAGAGUCGGAAACUCUCGACUGAACAAGAGCCCCUCCAGCUGCAGCAGACGAUAGCGGAUGUGGACCCAGCAACAAAAGCUUGUAGUCCUCCACCUCCUGAUACAGAGCAGCAGUCUACGAAAAACAUGGUGCGUUCUGAUAGAGAUGCUCGGGAUGGACUCGAAGCGGAUACCAUAGACUCAAGAUUUUCGGUUGCUCUGGAUAAUGACGAUUCGGACAGAAAUAGGGAAGAGUUUUACAACAACGACGAAGUAGAUGAGGACGUACCAAUCAAGGAGCUUGACGAUAAUGCACAUGUUUUGAGAGAUGAACCUAAACCGCCGAAAGAAUCAGAAGCCUUGGUUGACGAUAAUGGAGCCGAUACCUUUUCAAAAGGCGCCCCUUUUCUUAAAAGAGAAGCUAGCAGCUAUUUUGGAGAGGAAAGGUUCGACGACAUCGAGGACUUUAAUGAUGGUGAUUUCGGUACGGGCGAAGAAUUCGAGCGAGAGUAUCUAGAGGAGCAGCGACUGCUAGAGUUGGCGGAAGCAGAGUUUAACAACGAAAUGGAUGCAGUUGAAGGAAUUGGAAACAAUCUCGGAGCAGAGGAUACCAGCCCCUGCUGUCCUGUCUGUAGUAUAUCGAUGGCUGGUAUUGGUGACACUGAAGCAUCUGUUCAUGUCAACAACUGUUUAGAUGGCAAUCCAACACCGCUGCCCGAACGCAAACCCCCACCCAUAGCUCCGCCCGGCCUCCCGGAAAACGAACCGCCAGGACAUGCUCGGUUUCAAAAACCUGCGAGGCCAGCAAAGCCACCACAGGAGAACCCAUUUACGUUUGGAUUGCCGGGCGAGAAAUCCUCUGCCUUUUCCAAGCUCAUGUCUGGCCAUGCGGAGGAUAUGGCCUGGGCUUCUGCCGCGGCGGCAGAGAAUGCAGAUCGAGGCAAGCCUGCGUAUCAACGAACGUGUCCCUUUUACAAGAUUUUGCCGGGAUUCUUCAUCUGUGUUGACGCAUUUCGCUACGGCUCCGUAGAAGGAUGCAGUGCAUAUUUUCUCAGCCAUUUCCACAGUGACCAUUAUAUUGGUCUCACAGCUAAUUGGCAGCACGGUCCAAUCUACUGCAGUACAGUGACGGCGAACUUGGUAAAGCAGCAGCUUCGAGUAGACCCAAAAUACGUCGUUGGAAUAAACUUUGAAGAGAAGAUCGAAGUCCCCGGCACCAAAGGCGUACAUGUUACGAUGAUACCAGCGAACCACUGCCCCGGCAGCUCGCUCUUUCUCUUUGAAAAGGUCCUUGGCAAGAGGGGCAAAAGCCUAAAAAUGCAAAGGGUCUUACACUGUGGCGACUUUCGUGCUUCUCCGGAACAUCUCAAGCACCCGCUCCUCCGACCAGAUACACUCGAUGAAAUCACCGGCAAACCAAUUGAACAAAAGAUUGACGUAUGCUACCUCGACACUACCUAUCUGAACCCAAAAUACGCUUUUCGUGGCCAAAACGACGUCAUUGGCGCCUGUGCAGACAUGUGUGUGAGUCUGAACAAAGAACGCGUCGACGCGUCCGAUAGCUGGGAGCAAAUGAAGCGAGAUCGAGCAGGCAGCGGAAUGGUCAAAUUUGUUCGAAGCGUAUCGAAUCUGAUCAAACGGGAGCCCGGCGAAGACGAUACGUCUGAUAGUCCUUCCGAUAGCACUUGUUCUGCCAAUCGCACCACCUCCGAUCCGUCACGUAAAAUGCUAUCCUGUCCUUUGAACCCAUCUGCACCUACUGUCGAUGCCAUGUCCAUUACACCUCUUCCUUCCAACGAAACCAACAACAACAGCCUUUCAGCUGCUUCUGAAAUCAGUCCCGCCAAUCCCGCAAAAUCACGUGGCCGCCUCCUCGUCGUCAUCGGCACAUACUCCAUCGGAAAAGAACGAAUAUGUCUUGGCAUUGCGCGCGCCUUACAAUCCAAAAUUUACGCACCGGCAGGCAAACUCCGCGUGUGCGCCUGUCUCGAAGACCCAGGACUCUCGUCCCUCCUUACCCCCGAUCCGCUCGCCGCACAAGUGCACAUGACCCCCCUCUUUGAGAUUCGCGCAGACACGCUGCAGGAUUAUCUCAAUACGUACAAGCCGCAUUUUACCCGUGUCGUGGGGUUCCGUCCAACUGGAUGGAACUAUCGCCCUCCAGGUACAAGAUUCAUCGAGUCCCCCACCGUCUCGAACGUGCUCUACUCCAACAACUGGCGCUCGGGAUAUACCAUGCGCGACCUCGUCCCGCAGCGCGGCUCCACCCGCGAAGCCAAAUGCUUUGGCGUGCCCUAUUCGGAGCACAGCAGUUUCCGCGAACUCACCGUGUUCGCAUGCGCCCUGCGCAUCGACCGCAUCAUCCCCACCGUCAACGUCGGCAGCGCCAAGAGCCGCGAGAAAAUGAAGGCUUGGAUCGAGCGCUGGGCCCUCGAGAAGAAGAAGAAUGGACUCUAUCCUGGCGAUGGUCCCAAUGGCGACGGUCCCAAUGACGGUGUCAGUGCCGACGCGACUCAGGCGCCACCGGGAAAGUCAAGUUAAGAGGGUUGUAUAAGUACAGAGGAUGAAUAAACUCUUUUACUCCUCUACUUCUCCUUAUUUCUUUUCAUCGCUCCCUCCCUUUUACUUCCGGUUUUUGUGGAAGAGGGAAAGAGGGAGAGGGGGAGAGGUGCUGUAUAUAGCAGUGAAUUUAAGGGAC